AUGCAGUACGUGGGAAAAGUGGGUGGCUACGUGUACAAUCAAUGGAACUCUUUAAACCCAGCCACAUUGUCUGGGGCUAUUGAUGUCAUUGUAAUCGAACACCCCGAUGGUACCCGUUACACGUCACCUUGGCACGUUCGUUUUGGAUUACUUCAGAUUAUCAAGCCAUCACAAAAGAAGAUUGAUUUGUACGUGAAUGACGUAAAAACAAAUUUGCCUAUGAAGUUGGGUGAAGGUGGCGAGGCUCAUUUUGUCUUUGAAGUGAACGACGCCGACCAUGAAUUGUCAAAUAGCGUGUUGACAUCACCGGUGAUUUCGCCCGUUUCGUCACCAUUAAGCACGCCAGUAAACAGUGACAACGAGCCUGACGAGCUUGAUUUGGAAGAAAAGACGAAAUUGAGCGACAUCCCUAGUCCAAAGAGCCCAUCCCAGCUGACUAGGUUAGCUAUUGAAAAUGUGAAAAAGAUUACCGAGAAAUUGAACAUCCCCACCAAGAUAGAUAUGAACGGUGAUAUUCUAAUUGACAUGGAUGGCUAUAAGCCAAACUCGCAAAAGAAUAUCGAUAAUUCGGACGAAUUAUUUAAAAAGAUUCUUUUGGAGGAGAUUGAAGGAGACUUGGGGGAAAAUUCGGUGAAGGCGUGGAAUCAGAUAAUUUCCAAGGAUGAAAACGGUAAUAUAAGAAUUUCCAACGUUUCGGAAGAUGGUGCCGAGACCGAAGAGGAUAUCAAGCUUCCUCCAUCGAGUGCCACUACGUCAUCAAUUACUACUUUUGGAUCUUCUACUUCUGGACAAAGUGACAAGGUAUACUUUAAGACUUUGAGGUUAACAUCAGAACAGUUGCAGAUGAUGAAUUUGAACUAUGGGGUAAAUACCCUAAAGUUUAAGUCGAGAGAGAGCUCGUCACAAGUGACGGCAAACUUGUUCUUGUGGAAAUCAACCACACCCAUUGUUAUUUCCGACAUUGAUGGUACCAUUACCAAAUCGGAUGCGUUGGGACAUGUUUUGAACUUGAUUGGGAGAGACUGGACGCACCCGGGGGUUGCUAGUUUAUUCCAGGAAAUAAAUCAGAAUGGUUAUAAUAUCCUUUAUUUAACAGCUAGAUCAGUCGGACAGGCAGAUUCAACGAGACAGUAUUUAACUGGGGUCAAUCAAGACGGUGUAAAGUUACCUAGUGGGCCGGUAAUUUUGAGCCCUGAUAGAACAUUUGCUGCCUUGCGACGAGAGGUUGUGUUGAAAAAGCCGGAGGUGUUUAAAAUGGCAUGUCUAUCGGAUAUCAUGCAUCUAUUUUUCGAAGGAGAGGGGACUGUAUUGGACGAAGACGACGACCAAACACCGUUCUAUGCGGGAUUUGGAAAUAGAAUCACUGAUGCUAUUAGUUACCGAUCGGUACACAUUCCAAGCCAUCGUAUCUUUACCAUCAACCCAGAUGGAGAGGUUCAUAUGGAGUUGUUGGAGUUGGCUGGUUACAAAUCUUCAUACUUGCAUAUUGGAGAAUUGGUUGAUCAAUUCUUUCCUCCCAUCAGGGUUGUUGGUUCCAUCUCGACAAACUGGAAUAAUGCGCAAUGGUCAGAAUAUGUAAAUAACCACGAAGCUAACGAUGCUUCAGAUGCAAGAUCCAUCACGUCAAUGCGUCUGCCUACGCCAGGAUCGCCAAAGUCGCCAAAGUCGCCAAAGUCGCCAGGAUCACCUCGUAAUUACCUUGAAGAUUACAAGACGGAUGAAAAGUUUAAUGAUGUCAAUUACUGGAAAAGCAGUUUGAAUCUUGACGAAUUGAGCGAUAGCGACAUUGAGAAAGAUGCUUUGGAUUUGAGAAAGAGCGGAAGUCCCAAAUUGAGUAAGAAUGAAAAGUUGCUGCAUCGUGACCACGAAAAAGAGGAGCACACUGAUAAUCCCGAACUUUUGCAAAAAGGAGAGAGGCCAAGAUCGCCAACUUUGGAGCGGCCACUUUCUGCGUCGUCUUUUACAUCACCUCUUAAGAACUUUAUGAGCUUUAGGAAAAAGAAGGAUGAUGAGGAGAGCUAUAAGGAUGGUGAAAAGGUUGAUGAAAAUGAUUUUACUGACGACGACGAGGAGGAUGAUGAUUAUACGGAUGACGAUUAUGACGAUGACGAUUAUGAUGAAGAUUAUGAGGAAGAGGAUGAUGAGGAUGAUGAGGAUGAUGAGGAUGAUGAGGAUGAUGAGGAUGUCGAAGAUGUCGAGGAUGUCGAGGAUGAUGAUGCCGGAUCCUCUCUCAAAGAUGUUCCUGUACCAGAGGCUAUUAGGGAUGAAAUAAUUGACAGAGGAUCUACCGAGUUUAUCAAGGCCAGUGAUUUGGAGAAAUUGCGCAUUUAA